AUGGAUUUCAACCCACUGGACAUCUUAGCCGCAGCAGCUCUUGGAGAGAAGGAUGCUCCAUCUGAGGUGAACACUUCUAAACAGGCCAGCAACGCUGGUCAGGAAGAGAACUCUGAAUCCGGCGACAGUAAAGAUGCUGAUGAAGAUUCAGACAAAGAAAUGGGAAGAACUACAAGCAAUAAUCUAAAGCACAGCCAUAGUGCAAAAGACACUGAACAAAUGGCCCCUCAGAAAAUGCCGUGGAGUCCAGAGACACUAAUGCCAGAUCAUAUAGAAGGAAUUGUCAAUAAGCAGGACAAGUUUUCGCUUGAUGACCUCUUGCAAGAUGUUAAGAAGGGGGUGGAUGUGAAACUGCAAAACAUUAUUGACAGAAAGAUCCCUACAGAUGCACUGUUAGAAGCGCAGCAUGAUGCUAAUAAUAGCUCUGAUGUUACACUGAAACUGAAUACAGUGUCAAGUAACACUGCAGAUGUUAAACCCUCUGACGAGGAAUCUACCUCCCAAACUGCAGCCCAAAUUUCUAGCGAAAAUGCCAAGGAAGAGUCUACUAAAUUGGAGGAUUGUUCAUGGCAGGAUGAGUCUAAUCUGAGUGAAGAUGCAGCAGAUUUGGGUGAUGUGAAACUGUGCGGUCAGACAACAGCAGCUCCAGGUUUGCAUGCAAAUGAAUGUGUCAUUCUUGACCAUCCCUACGCUCUUCCGCCUGGCAAGUUGCAACCUUCGGCAAUGCUGGAUGAUGAUGAUGACAUCGAUGUUUGUUCUGAGAACAGCCCUUUUUCAGAGGAUUCUGAACAGCGGUACCAUAAUCCUUCCUUGGAUUGUAAUUACCUGAAGUUUGGCAUCUUGGAAGGGGUGUCAGCCAGCACGUUGGAUUUAUACAGAAUGUCAAAAUCUGCUAACAUGCACUUUAAACGACCAUCUUCAUCUUCUUCGGCAUCUUCUCCAACUGCCGACCUGGUCUCCAGAACUCCACAUUCAGCGCAGAGUGGUGAUGAAACUGGUGACGUGUUCUCAGGAAUGAACUCACCAGCUUCUGUAUCUUCUGAUGUGUCAACAGCUCACUCCCCUGUGAGGCUAGGUGUUAAAUGCGGCAAGUUCAAAAUUGGCACUUUUGCAUCGUUCAGUUCUGGUAAUCUGGAAUUGGAAAAAUUUCUCAAGAGCAGACAGCAGGCUAACAGUAAGAAACUAAAUGUAGGAAUUCCAGCAGAUAUCAGGCUUAUCAGCUCACCUUUGAACUCCCCAUCAGCUUAUCCAAACAUUUACCCACUGCUACAGUCUCCCAGUGCUGACUGGGAUCGGUCGGAAGCAGGCUCCGAGACACAGGAUGAUAGUUCUGAUGCGAAAACACCACUGAGGAUGUCGCCAGAUUUCACAAAAAGAGUGAAGGAGUGGUCUCACCCAGUGUUUCAUGAUCAUGAUUACUGUGUGAAAGAUGCUGAAUCCAUCAGCUUUGUUGAUGACUUCAGGAAGUUAAACGGUGGGAAAAGGAAGUACACAAAAAAGAAGAACAAAGAGGAUGGAGUUAAUCAUGAAAAAAUAAUGAAAGCUAAAUAUCUGAAAAAAGAAUUGCUUAGACAGGACAAUAUAAUGAAGUCAGUAUCAGAACUUGAACCAAUGUGUAUUGACCAUAACUUGACAAAGACAAAUCCUGUUGGACGACCAAGGAAAAGGCCAUUUGAUAAAAUAAUCGAUGAGGAAAUUGACCCUGAGGUGGGAACAAAGCUGAAAAUUACAGGCAAAUUCCAGGAUCAGUAUGUGUAUUAUUUAUCAAAGUCUUCCAGGACCACCGCCAGAAGAAGACACCCACCAACACCUUCUUUUGCGUCUGAUAAGAUUAUUGUUCCAGCACCAAAACCAGGAGAUAUAGUCGUCCCGCACUUAACAGACGCUGACAUAGAAACGGUGCGCUUGAAAGGCCGUGGUGCACUGAAUCUGCCGGAGAGACCUCAUAUGACAAAUCACCUUCCCAUCCAGUCACUUGUAGCGUCUUUGAGCCAUGCAAGUGAGUUCAUUUCCGAUGUAGACAGUCACAUAGUGAGCACCAUACUAAGCAUGGAGAGUGACAGUCUGGCUUCUCCAGUAACCUCACAUCCACCAGACAUCUCAAACCUAAACCCAAACCAGCCAGAUCUCACUGAAAGUCUGAGACUAAUGAGCGGUGACCCCAGUAUUACAUCAGAGCAUGUCCUGAACUACCUCCUGAGUGUUGUGAAGGAUGAAGCUUUGCUGGGCAGUGGGUCUGGAUUUGAUACUAGCAGCACAGCAUUGUUUCCAUCGUUACACUCGGACAGCAUGUGUGUGAAGAAUGAUCAUAUGGGGGAUGGUGCGAUUCAUCAGGAUCUUUCCUCAUUGGAUACCUCUGGUAACCAACAUCUCAACUCAGGGCAUGAUUUACUUGAUAUUGCAAAGUCUGUACAAAGCACUGGUUCAUUUGAUAAUCCCACUUUACUCAGCACUGCACAUAUUCAUGGGCGCGACCAUUUUGUUCACACUGUACACAAAGAUUCUUUGGAUGAAAAUGUCAGCCUAGCUGAUGAUCUCUCAUCCUUCAUGUCAAAUUCUCAGGGAACAUCAUCAUCUAACACAACCCAAGAUGGGGAUUCACACAGUUCGUUGAAGAGCAUGUUUGGAUCUGAUCUCAGUUCACUCGGCACACCCCAGUUGUCUUCAUCAGUCCCCCGGCUCACUUCUAUAGAAAAAACAUUGGAUUACCUCGGCGUUCGAGAUGAGGAUAUGAAAUUGGAUGAUAGUGUUUUUAACACCAAAAUGGACAAUGAUGCUGAUUCAUCUCAAGCACUCACUCCGGUUUCAAGCACAUCUGCUGAUGACACCCCUUGGAUUGUCACUGUGACAUUGUAUUUCAAUGAUGUACCUGCCAUCAUGAUCAACAACCAGCCUUAUAUUCGUUUGGUGGAUAUUCACAAGCAGAUACUGCCGGCCAAAGACACUGGUAUUCUAAAAAAGCGAUGCCAGUUGCUUAAGAUACCAGUGCUCAACUGUACAGAAAUGCAGCGGUAUUUUCUUGUGCAGUAUGGCAGAGCCUAUAAUUCUAAAAGCACUUUAAUAGUGUCAAAGGAGCAGGCCACAAAUCUGGUGACAUAUUAUGCUUUUCCUCAACCUCGUAUCGGAAAGGUUGAUGAAUCACACCCACGCAGACCUAGCAGCAGUGGUGGCUCUGAAGGGGGCCGAAGGUCGCCUGUGACUCACCUAAUAGGAGGGGGCGUCAAGAAACGAGGUUCUAAAAGUUCUCGGAAAGUUGCAGUGUCAGUAGAUGCCGUCAUGGUCGGGGCAGCUGUGUCUCAGUGCAUCCAGACACCUGAGCCACCGACAUCACAUGGCAAGCGGACUCGGCAUAAGAAGGUGAAUUACCUGGAACUGUUGAAGGGGGAAGAGAAGGAGAAAUCUUCCAGUGCUGCCAUCUUGGAAACCAUAGAGUCUGUGGUGAAGUCUGCACCUGAUCAUGUACAUGAGGGAAAAUCAAACAAAUUGUCAGUGAAGAAGAAGAUGAAAGGUGAUCAGUCGGGCAGUGUUAAGCAUUGUGGUACUAAAAAGAAAUUGACACCAAUGCUGCAGAAGAAGAACACUGACAAGAAAUGCAAGAUUAAGAAAGAAUCAGUUGUGGUUGUUGACCAUAAAGCCAAAAGUAAUAAGACCAAAAUUGGAAGCAGCGUUAAGCCCAUUGUUGAAAAGGACAUUGACAUAUGUUCUGAUGUUGACUCCAGCGACUGUGUGGAUUUAGCACAAGCUAAGAAGUUUCGACCUCUAAAGCUAAAGGUAAACAGCUUGUUGAACUUUGCAGGCCAGCGGAAAGGACCGUCAUCGAGUAAGAAAGGUCUGUUCUCGUGUACGAACUCUGCUGUAUCGCCGGAUGCAGACAGAUCCCUUCGGGUUCUGGCUGUAGCUCAUCAGGCAGCUCUGUCAGCAAAUAAUGCAGAAUCACAUCUUCCCUCGCAGCCUGCAGACAUACAUCUGGACUUGUUCAUCAAAUCAAACUCUGCCUGUGUCCGCUGUGACACCUGCAGUCAGUUUCUCUCUGUUCCUCACUUCAUGCGCCACCAUCAUGUUCCUAUGGACAGUGAGUGGCUGGCAACAGAGGCAGCACACCGCAUCCUUAGAAGCAUUUGUGGGAAGAGUUUCCACCAUCUUCAGGAAGCCAUCGGUGGCUUUGGAGAGGCAGAUGAUGAAACGGAGAGCGAUGACGAUUACAGUGACGACGAUCACGAUGACCAUCCCUCAUUUAAACUAUCUGAGCCGUUGUCCGCUAGGUUGAAUGCUGUUGGUUGCAGUGAGCUACAGUUGAAAAGUAUAGAAUUGGCUAGGUUAUCAUCAAUAUGUGAUGGACCUCGGCUGACUCAGGAAGAUGCUGGAAGUGCAGUAUAUACGAGAACUAGCCAGACAGCAUUGUCUCAUUCGAAGCCGGUUUCGUAUGUGACCACAACACAGACAACUUCUCUUACCAUAGUUGGACAGCACCAUGGGACAGAGGCAUAUGGUUUGUCAAGUGCUGGGCUUCUGGGCGGAGAUCCAGCAUCAUCAAAUUUGAGAACAAGCUCCAGGAAGAGAAAGUCCAAGCAGUUGUUUUCAAUUGAAAAUUAUUAUAUUCCUCACAAAUUGGUUGUUGAUGAAGACUCUGGUUUGAGUGGGAAAAGUUUGGAUGUGAUUAAGCCUUGA